UCAGGAGUCGACAAAACACAAAACCCGGACGGGACGCGGAACGUUCGAAACGCGCCGUUGACGAUUCGCGCGCGCGGCGGCGACGGGCGGCCGUUCGAUCCCAGAUCCCGCAGGGCCCCGAUUUUUCCCGAUUUUUCCCCAACGAUGACCGCCGCGAGGAUGUACGAGGACUGCGUGCUGCAGUCGAUGCGAUUCCCGCAGAAGCUCUGGCGGAUAGUGAACGAAUGCGAGACCGGGGCGAUCCGGUGGGGCGCGAACGGCAACACGAUACUGCUCGAUUACAAUAGAUUCCAAGCGGAGUACCUGGACGCGCGCCGGCCGAUCUUCAAGACGAGCAACAUCACGAGCUUCAUCAGGCAGCUGAACCUCUACGGCUUUCGCAAGGUCACCUGCCAUGGCCGCGACCCGGUAUGCACCUCCUGCAACCCGCACGUGCACGAGUUCCUGCAUGAAAACUUCCGCGCCGACCGGAUGGACCUGCUGGCCGAGGUGUGCCGGAAGUCCGGCGGCGGCAAGGGCCGAUGCACGCAGCACGAAAAAGAGGCGAAAGGUGCGGAGGAGAAUUCGCGACCGGAGGAGAAAUCGCGUUCGGAAGAGAAUCACCUGUCUCGCUUAAAACUAUGCCAGUUGGCUUUGACUAAAACUUUGGAACAAAUUAUCCAAGAAUAUCGACGGGAACACGAGGAGGAAAAAAAACUGAUCACAACAAAGAAUAAUGCUUUAAAACGGAUAAGAAACGCUCAAGAAGAUACAGUUCCUGUUUUGUACGAGAUUGAAUUCAGCAAUGUUCCGAAUCGGAAACUUACCAUAGAACGGAAUAUAAAAUAUUCGCCGUUUGUUCCUAUAAAGACAGAUACAUCGUCCGAACGCAAAAUGAUCUCUUUACCUUGGCGCAGUGCUACGAUGGAUAAACGCAGCUCGCACUUGAACGUUCAAAACACUCAGUGAAAUUAGCCUGGAACUGAUCUCGAUUUUCUUUUAAACAGUAUUUAUAUUAAAAUGUAAAAUUACAAUGAUAUUAUAUCUGUUAAAUUAUACAUUACGUUUAAUUAUUUAAUAUAAUGAUUAGUCUACUGACAAAUAAAAUCCACAUUGUAAUCGUAGGAUCUCUACAGUGUACAUAUAGUAAAAA